AUGAAGGUCACCGCAUCCAUCAUCGCUGUUGCAGCCCUUGCUUCCAGCGCCUCGGCUGGUGUCGCCAGCACCUGGGCCGACUGGUCCAGCUCUAGCACCACGACCACGACCACGACCACCACCAAGGUUCCUGUCGCUGGCACCACCACCCACAGCUGGGAGGAUUGGACCACCUCGACCACCACCGUGAAGACCACCACCACGACCAAGCCUGUCGCUGCUGAGAGUACCCACACCUGGGCUGACUGGACCUCCAGCGCGACCCCUGUUUCCUAUACCACGACCGUUGUAGGUGCCAUCACGACCUACUGCCCAUAUGCCACCAAAUUCACCCACGCUGGCAAGACCUACGAAGUCACUUCUGCCACUACCCUGACCAUCACUGAUUGCCCGUGCACCAUUUCUGUCCCUGUCUACACCAAGACCUCCACCUCCUGCAGUUCCGUCGCCGCCGUGUCCACCGGCACCUGGAGUGACUGGUCUUCGGCCUCGGUCGCUGCCGCCAGCACCACCUGGACCCCCGUUGCCGCUGCUAGCACCACCAGCGCCGCCUGGUCUUCCUAUGCGCCAUCCAGCGUCGCCCCGGCUGUGGCCACCUACACUGGUGCCGCCAACGCCCUCGUUGCCAACGUCGGCGCUGGUCUUGCUGGUGUCGGUGCCAUUGCUGCUUUCCUCCUGUAA